AUGGUGGCCCUUCCAUUCUACUCUGUCUCCAUUGCCAGUGCAGGUUCAACAGCAUUUAACGGAGAAGACAGACGCAGCCUCUCACAUCUUUUUCCAAGUUAUGCUUGUCCCUUUUUGGAUGAUGACCCUGUCUAUGAGUGUCGUUCCACAAAUCCUCUGACAGGCUCCCUUUCCACAUGUCGCCGCAGCCCUCGGCUGCUUUCCAAUGGUUAUUACAUUUUGACUGAAGACAGUUUUCUGUCUGAUGAAGAGGGCAACAUAACAAUGACACCAUCCCAGACAAGUGUUACAUAUAAAGAGAAUUUGGUUCGCAUAUUCAGGCGAAGGAAGAAAAUCCAUCACUCCCUUGCCAGCUUGUUCAAUCUUGAUGCCUCCAGUCCAUGGCUCAGCAGCACUGUCCUCAGUGAUAUGGAUUCCUCCCAUCUAGAUGAUCCUUGGCCCGAUGGAUGCAGCAAACCAGGAGCCAGUCAGAGUGAUAUUGGUGAUUCAGACUUUUCUUCUGAAUAUAAUAGCCAUGUGCCAGAAAGGCAAACUCCAGCAUCUAAUGGAGCCUCUCUCCUCAAAGAUGAGGAGCUUCUUCAGCCUGGGAAACCAUUUUGUGCUUCACAGUCCUGCUCUCCAUUUACAAUAAAUGCAAAUGAAGAGACUUUGAGCAAUGCAGAAUCCAGCACAGUGAAAAAUGUCCUUUCUCAGAUGGUUGCACUAAUCAUGUGUUUGAUACUUUCAAUAUGUUCAAGAUAUUUUCUGGGAGGAUUGUCUGCCACUUUGUUGCUGAUAAUUUUAGUUUUCCUUUUGUCCCAAGAUGCUGCUGUGUUGUCUUUCUUCAGUCUUGACACAUCUUUCAAAACAACUAAGUUUGGGAAAUAGUUGGGAAGAAAGAAUGCUUG